CACAGGAUGAAGACCAGCUCAGCUCUUCAGCGCUGGUCAUUGUCUAUUGUUCUCCAAACAGUAAACCACUAUUUCACACCGAGACUGUCCUGCAGUGAUAGUCCAGGUCCCCGGCUCCUCAUGAAUAUGAAGUGAAGGGCUCUGACCCAGAAAGUGGUUCUAAGCGGGGCAAAAUGGGGUUUCGGAAGUGUGGCGGCUGCCUCAGUUGUCUGCUGAUUCCGCUUGCGCUCUGGAGCAUGAUUGUGAACGUAUUACUGUAUUUCCCCAAUGGGCAGACUUCCUAUGCGGCCAGCAAUAAACUCACCAACUACGUGUGGUAUUUUGAAGGAAUCUGUUUCUCAGGUGUCCUGAUGCUCAUAGUUGCAGGAGUUCUUCUUCUACUGGAGAAUGAUAACAACUACAAAUGCUGCCAGGGUGACAACUGCAGCAAAAAGUACAAGACACUGCUGUCGAUCAUCUUUUCUGCCCUUGGAAUUGCUUUUUCUGGAUACUGCCUGGUCAUAUCUGCUUUGGGUCUUGUCCAGGGACCAUACUGCCAUACCCUCAAUGGCUGGGAAUACGCCUUUGAAGGCACUGCAGGACGUUUCCUUGCAGAUUCCAGCAUGUGGAAUCAGUGCCUGGAGCCUGCCCAUGUCGUGGAGUGGAACAUCAUUUUAUUCUCCAUUCUCAUAUCCCUCAGCGGGCUUCAAGUGAUCAUCUGCCUCAUCAGAGUCGCCAUCCAGUUAUCCAGGAUACUGUGCGGAAGCUACUCACUCAUCAUCCAGCCUGGAAUCAUUUGAAAAAGGACAAAGAUAUUUUUAAUUAUCAAGAUAUGGCCAUCUACCUAGUCUUAUGUCAAUUACAUAGGCUUGAGGGCAAUAUUCAAAUGAUGGCAUUUUCUCCAUGUGGAUGAUUGGGCCCAUUGGUGAAAUUUGCAAUCAUCACUGGAAGUGUAGAUUAUGCCACCCUCCUAUUUAGAAUUUUUUUCCUGAGCAAUAUGUAUCAGGAACUUCAGAAAUGCUUGUUUCUUUAAUCAAACAAAUUUGUUUCCUAGAACAUAUGCUAUGGAAGUAAAUAAGAAUAUGAGAUAAAACUUUAUGCAAAUAUGUGCAUUGCAACAUUGUUUAAUAUUCUGGAAAAUUAUAAAUACCCCAAAAGCCCAGCUUUAGAGGAAGGAUUAAAUAAAGAGUGGUAUAAAAUGCUUUCUGAUGUAAAAAAAAAUAAAACAAAAGAAAAAAUAAAG